AUGUUGUGGGUGGAGACUGAAGCAGGACAGCAGUUGCUGAAAAACAGGCAGAGAGCUGCUGUGAGAACAGGAAGCAGCAGCCUGUCCCUGACAGCCCUGCAGUGUGUCUGCACAGGCUGCUGCUGCCCCAGCUCACUACAAUCACUGGUCAACUUGGUAAGUCUUGUCUUUCACCCUCAUGAUACUAAAUUGGAAUCACAACCAGUGUCCCAUCAGAACACUGACCUCUCUCUCUCUCCCUCUUUCUUGUUGGUUGCAGCCGGAAGAAAAGCCCUGGGAGAGGAAGGACUGGAAAGUCUCCGGAGACACGCAGAAUAUAUAACCUUGGAUAAGGACACUGCUCACCCUCUUCUACAAGUAUCAUGGGACAGAAAAUAUGUGAGAUCUGUUGUGGAAGAACAAGAUGUUCCUGACAACCCUGAGCGAUUUGACACUCUGAGGGCUAUUCUAGGGGCUUAUGGCUUCUCUGCUGGUGACCAUUACUGGGAGGUGGAUGUGGAAUGGAAGGACAGGUGGGAAAUAGGACUGUGUAUGGCCUCAGUUACACGGAAAGGAGACAUCUUUAUUUGUCCUGAAAAUGGGUUCUGGGUACUUUCCCUGGAGAAUAAUGAGUACAAAGCACUCUCCAACCCCCCUUCCAUUCUCAGUGUUCGAGAACCCAUCUUGAAGUUGGGUAUUUUUCUGCAGUAUGAGAAAGGACUGAUUUCUUUCUAUAAUGUGACAGAUUGUAGUCUUCUGUAUACUUUCAAAAGCACCUUCACCAAACCCCUGAAGCCAUAUUUCUACCCUGGACCUCGUACUAAGGGAAACACGAGGGGCCUCCUCAUUCCCAACUGA